AUGUCAUCUCCGUCGGAUUCCUCUUCCUGCACAUCUGAAAGUGAUCUAGAAAGUUUUACAGUUGACGAAGUGAUUGGAGAAUUGUCUGAAUUUGCGCCGUACGACGACAGUUGCGAACCCCUUGCUACCGUGGAAGAAGCCGCGGACUACAACGAAAGAGUUCAUCGCGAAGAAGAAGAGGAACAACAGUUUCAACGAAGAUAUUCGGGAGAGGUGCCAGCGAAUGAAUGGUAUGGUAUUAUCAUGGAAUGUAGAUUUAUGUUUUUAUUUUCCAAUUUCAACAUACCCGUCGUUAAAUCGUGCGCGUGACGAAUAGCGCGACUAUGUGUUUUGUUUAAGUUUACAAUUUCGUUGCUAUGUGAUUAGCUGUAGUCCUGAUUUUAUGCGAUAGUUUUAUUGAAGAGGUCAGACAAUUAAUAAUUUUAUACAGACGUAUUUUUCUUGUGUUUGACGAGUUUUUCACAUUCACGUUCGUGCUCGAACUGCUCUGUCGGCCUUGUUACAAAAGCGCAGGAGUGCAUUUGCUGCAAAGAGAUCGAUCGCUGCGAAGAGGUCAUGGAAGAAGCCUUUCGAGACCGGACCGUAUGCAUAACCCUCCAUCCAGGGUUUGAAAGCGUCUGCUUAAACCGCCACGUAUUACAAGUGGCUGCACUGGGCCUAAAAACGCGAGCUGGAAAGUCGUACACAACUGUUCGUGGGCAAGGCAACAAAAGUGAUGAUGAGUAA